GUGGUCUUGUCCAUGUUCUGUGUUGUCACGUGACAGAGAAAGAAGAAAGAAAAGAUGAGACUCGGGGCCCGAGAAUCUCUCAAGCAAAUCCAGGACUUGCUCGCCCAGUAUGACGCCGAGGCAGACAAAGUAGUCUCAAUUUUUAAAAGGCAGGAGUUCAAACAGGAGAUCAUCCAGUCUUUGAAGAUGGUGAGGAAGAUCAUCGAGUCGUACGACGAGGAGAUAGCUGCCCUCAGGAAGAAAAGGCUUGAGAGGAAAAAUGAGCAAGCGAUGUGGCUGGAGAGAAUCACGAAGAGUGAAGAAGAGAGAAAGAGAAGACAACGGGAAGAGAAUGAAAGACUAAAAGCACAGAGAGAACAAAAGAAGAAGGAGAGAGAAGAGAGGCAACGCGCCAUGAGGAACCCCAACGCGUACAAGAAUGUUGUUCAGGAUGAGAGGAUAAGGUUUGCCAGGAUGACGGUUGAAGAGCUCGCUAGAGAGAAAGAAGAGACCCUUGCUAAACGAGCACCAGCCAUCGAUGUUGAUUCCCUGACGUCGGAGGAAGCCAUUAAAGAAGCAGCACGUGAUCUUUAUGCUAAGAUCGUCAAAGCUUUCGGCAACCUCUUUGAUCUACAGGAGAAAGAAAAGAGACAGAAAUAUGAUAUUAAGGAACUCAAUACACGUAUCGCCGCUUUGCAAGCUGCUAAGGUGAAACCUACAUCGGAUGGCAAGAUAAAGAAGAUAACUCUACCUUUCGGAGAUCAGGAGGCCGCUGAAUAGACUGGUGCACUCAACAUCUUGUUGCCAAGAAUGAAUGGUUAGAUGAAAGAACUUCAUUGGGGGAAAGUACACCAGUCUGAUAAGCUAGCUGCAUAUCGGCGUAUAAACAUCAGAGGUUUAUUACAUCCAAGAAUGUAAAAGUGACAAAAUAAAACAAUGUCAAAUUAUUCAACUAUGCAAUUAAUGACCACUGAUUUUUACACUGCAAAAAGCUCUGUGUUAAUUUAUUUGAAGGUGAAAUAAUAUUGACUGAAUUCGGUAUAGAUUAAUGGGAAAUGGUAUGUAGAAAACGAAAAAAAUAGUUGAAAUAUUAACUUUAAAACCAAAUUGGUUUCUUGAUAAUAGCUUAAAAAAGGAUCCCAAAUCUUCCUUCCUGAUUUUGGGAGGAAUUGGUUGCAAAACUACGUCACAUUUGGCGAUGCCACGGGAGGCAAGCAAUGUUGAAGUCAUUAUGAGGAAUUCUUGAAACGUCUAACUUCAGGUCGGUAAGCUUAAAACAUAAUGAGCUGCUAAAACAUGUAUUACUUAAGAUUACAUUUAGUUCAUUGAAAUAUAUAAACUGUGUGUGAGGGACUGUCGGGGAUGAUGUCACUUCAGUUGUAAUUUCGUUUCAUGCCAUGAUUUUUUGUAGGUUUUUAGACCGCGCUUCUCUUUCGUCGUACUCCCUCAAAGAAAAUGAGUUUGCUACAUUGUUUUGAGGGGCUUAACAGUUUUAUUUUGAUACAUUGACCCAUUCUUUUUAAAUGUUAUUGUGUUUCAGCUUUAACACCAACACCAAGCCUAUAUGUUUAUUAUGUUCGCAUCGGAGAAGUGUUGAAACAAUACGCCUGUUCACGGUUGUAAACUGCGCACGAGCAGAAAAGGGUCAUUGGAGACAACCAUGAAGGUGGCUUUCAAAUUCACUGACAUAGGCAUUUGUGAUUUGAUGAUUAUUCAUGUAUUCCUUUCAAAAUAUUUAUCACAUCCAAGCUGAACAGUAAUAAAUAGAGCCUUCAUUAUCACUGGUAUUUGACAGUAGCCUAAACAAUAGUCAAAUGUGCCAAAGGCAGACAAUAAAACAGAUUUCCAAACUUUAUCCCUGAUGUACUAUUCUAGUCACCUGGUCUAUACAAUGCCUUUUGUUCUUAGUUAUCACAAUUACUGAUAAUGACAAAGCAACAGUAAUUAUUUUUUAUCAAGCCUCAAAGCCUACACUCUUAAAAUGUUCGACAACAUACUGGGUGAUUUCAAGUCCGCUGUUGGCCUUGGUGUUGGUGUUAGUGUUGGAAUUUGGAUUGCUUCCCCUAGCUCCAAAACUCAUUCAGAUUUUGUAAAACUGAUCCAGAUCACAUUAUUGACAUCUCAACAACUAGUGAGUAACUUUUCGGGACCAUCUUCAUGUUAUGUUUGAUGUUAAAAUCGUGUAAAAAUUGACCUAACACCAACACCAAAAGGUCAACACCGGACUUGAAAUCACCCACUGUCCACACAACAAUUUGUUAAAAAUUUUAUCCGGGCAUGGUGGCUCAGUGGUAGAGCGUCCGCAUCAUGUACGGGGGGUCGCGGGUUCGAUACCUGGCAGAGUCAUACCAAAGACUUAUAAAAUGGGACCUUCUGCCUUCUUGCAAGGCGCUCAGCAUUUUAGAUUGGAGAAGGGUAAUAAUAAAAUAUUGUUAUGCAGGGCCCGCUGGUAGAGCAGUUUUCUAACUGAAGUGGAAGUGGCUACCCUGGGUAAAUAACACAUUGUUAUUAUUAUUACUUUAUUAUUGAUAAAACUCUGGGUAGUUUUUAGCCAAUACUGUGUAGUUUUCACCCAAAGCACACAUUAUUGGUUCAAAACUACCCAAAAAUUUGACGAAGUUUUAACCAAAUGUUGUGUGGACAGUAUGUUGCUUAAGAGUGUAAUGGUAAUGUUAUAAUGGGAAUAAUUUGUAAUAGUAAUCAACAAUUUAUAUUACUGCAAGAUUGUUUUUUGUUGUUAGUUGGUUGUCUAAAGUGUUUAAAACGAUUAAUAUUGAAGUGGAAAGGAAUACUAUCGGUUAUACUACAAAUUAGAUUCAAGAACAGUACUGGUAUGAGAAUAUUAAGGCCGUCCAUGAUUCGUAUUAAAGCCGAGACUGGACCACUCGAGUAUUCACUUGUUACUUUAUCCUAUGCUUACAAGGACACACUUGCGACAGAGAUUUGAAAUUUCAGAUUUCUUAACAUGUAUUUUGCGGUUCACAAAGUGCAACAAAUAAAAUGAAAGUAACAAUACACCGUAAAAACAUACAAAGUUUAAUGUCAAUUGAGGAUAACAAAAUUGACCUUGGCUAUAAAAAAGGAUAAUAUAAAAUAAUAGAUAAAGAGCGUACAAUGGUAUCAUGGAUAGUAUGUGAUAAAAUGUAUGAUCUUUCAAGAAAAUCAGGAAUUUUACUUGCAUCUAUUUAUUUAUUCAUUUAUUUAUUAAUGUGUAUUGUAUUAAUCAUUCAUUAAGUCAUUAAUUCAUUUGCGUGUUUUUCUUAUCAUUUACUCAUUUAGUCAUUCAUUAUUUCUUAUGUUUUUUUCAUUAGUUGUUGACUUCUUAAAAAUAAAAUUUAUAAAUAAUUCACACGCGGUGUUUAUUCAAUUUUUACAUAUUAUCU